CUAUAUCGAAUGCAUUUCUAGCGCACUGCAGUUAGUUGUGAGCAGAAAAUCACAUACAUUAUCGAAGGAUUAUAAGUUGAAUUUUACCAGGUACUAAACUUCUUCAGGGUUCAAAUAAAAUGGAGGGAACCCAGCAAAACUAUAAAAUACAUCACAAAAACGCUAAUAAAGAAGAUUUCAAAAGAGUUGUAACAACAGGAGAAGUCUCAAACAUUAUAUUCGAAAUGAUAACUCAACCGUUUUUGAUAGUUGGUUUUCACAUUAUAUGCAACAAAACACAAUGUUCUUUUGGAUCACCUCCAGAUUUCAGUCAGUAUUCGUCUUUGUCCAUGUUUUUCGAUAAACAAGCCUUCUUUUGUUAUCUUGGAUUGGUAACUUUGAUUUUUCUUCUCGAUUGUAUACCUUUAGGAGGCAAAAUGUGUCGUGCGGAUGAUCAUACUUACAAUUUAAAUGGAUUUAAUUCAUUAUUACUGUUGAUACUAGUUUGGUUCAUUUGUGAAACUGUUGGAUUUCCUAUUUCUUUCUAUGUAACCGAGCAUAUUUUACAGUUGGUAGUCAGUAACAUGAUUUUUCAAGCUUCCCUUGGGAUUUUUUUGUAUAUUUAUAGUUUUGUUGUGGAACCGAAUAAACUCAACCCUAAGGAAAUUGGUACACCUUUUAUCAGUGCGUUAUACAAUGGGAGACAAAUAAAUCCUCGUUUCUUCAAUAAAGUGGACGUUAAAGUUAGUUGGUUGCGGUUAUACAUCGACACCUGGGUCAUAGCCGAAAUUUCAUUGGUUCUGAGGGGCCUGAACCUGACAUCAAAAUCUGGACUUGAACUCAAUAACAUAAACUGGAAUUCACUCUCCUCACACCCAACUCUAGUCGCGCUGGCAAUUCUUAAAUGUACAUAUUGCUUCUGCCAACUGUACAACGAGAGUGGAAAUAUGAAUUCAUAUUUCACAAGGAAUGAAGGGAUGGGAUACAAUACAGCAAUGGCGAAUUCAUUCAGAUGGAGUGGCGUCAUGGAAUCGAUAUAUGAACCUGAAAGAUUUAAAGCAUCACCAGUUAUUAAUUUGAGUGAACAUUUUACUAAUUAUUCCAAUAUCAUUAGUAAUUCGACAGUUACAACUAAGGAGUUGUCCGAAGAAACUUUGGAAUCUUUGGAAGAGUCAUGCAGCAUUGACCAGCUUAUGUGUGAUGGAGAAAUUAAAAUAAAACCUUUAGCUAAACCUGAAAAUUACAAUCUGCGUAAAAUGUUACAUGAAACUUUACCAUUCACACAAAAGUAUACUAAACUUAAAGUUCUUCAAACAAAGGCUAUGGUGGAAAAAGAAAGGAGUUGUGAAUCAAUACUUUAUGGGAAUAAAGAAAAUUUUCACCAGUGUGUUGUUACAAAUCAUAAAGAAGAAGGUUCACCUCGAGAUAUGGAACCCAGAAGUGAUUUUCUUUUGAAUGUAAUUUUCUAUAAACCUUUCAAAUUUACAUUUCACAAAAAAAAUACAGCAGGAAGAUUCAGAUUCAAUCAUGAAAUUCAAAUUUUAGGAAAUAAUACCUUAACACAAUUGAGGGAUCAGAUAAUUUGCCAGAGUGAUGUAGGACUGCAAGUGGAAGUGGAUUCUCCUACAUCAGACAUAUCUCACUUAAUGAAUGCUAAGAAACACUACCCAUCAGGCUGUUUUUUCAUUGAAGGAGUUCUUUAUGAUGAUAUGCGAUCACCUAACGCUAUCGAGUACUCUAAAGAAAUUAUUGAAUGGGGACUUGUUAGAAAUGUUGCAGACUUCAAGAAAGCUGAUAUGGAUAAAACAAAAAUAAAGGAUCUGUCUUUGAGAUUUGGAUAUCCUUAUGUCUAUAUGCAUCAAGGAGAAUGUGAACAUAUAAUGGUUUUUGGAGAUGGACAUAUUUUAACGGAAAACGAUUGUCUCAACUCGAAAAUGUACCCUAGACUUUAUUCUCUUAACAAACAAAUGUGCACAGUGUGCUAUAUGUGCAAUGAUGAUGCAGCCUGCUGGAUAGUUAAGGAUUAUGACAGGUUGCCUCAAUCGAUUACAUAUUUAUGUUCAAAGUGUACUGAAAGUUAUUGUACGAUAGACGGCAAAAAAAUUGGCGAAUAUAAGUUAUAUCCUUUGUUUGUUGUCUCGUAGGUUGAAUGAUUAUCCACUGUCAGCUCUGUGAUAAUACUUAGGUUGAAUUUUUGUUUGUUAUUAUGUAAACUGUGGGCCAUUUUGGUGAUGCACUCCUAUUUAUUUUUACCAAUGUACUACAACCAUGAUAUAUUCAAUAAAGACAAUUUUUAUUUUUA